AUGAAGGGAAUCUACUCGACCUUCGCCUCCCUGGCACUCGCCAGCGUCGCAAUUGCUGCUGGGGCGGACUGUGUUCCUGUCUACAAGAAUCCCAAUGCCACGGUAGACGAUAGGAUCGCGGAUUUGCUCAAGCGCAUGACCAUCGAGGACAAGACUGCCCAGCUGAUUCAGGGUGAUAUCUCCAAUUGGAUUAACACGACCGAUGGCACCUUCAACGCGACGGGUUUGGAGUGGAACAUGAAGUAUCGGGCCAGCAUGUUCUACGUCGGCUAUCCUACGAACUGGAGCACGAUCAGCAAUGGCGUCAAGAUCGCUCAAGACUAUCUAGUUCACAACACGACUUUGGGUAUUCCGGCGCUUGUUCAAAGCGAGGGUAUUCACGGCUUCCUGAUCCCCAAUGCGACAAUUUUCAACUCUCCUAUCGCUCAAGCUUGCUCUUGGAAUCCCGAACUGGUCGAGAAGAUGGGCAAGGCCAUUGCUCAGGAGUCUCUUGCUCUAGGCGUCAACAACCUAUUCGCCCCGCUCGGUGAUCUGGCGCGUGAGUUACGAUUCGGUCGAGUUGAGGAGACGUAUGGUGAGGACGGAUAUCUGAGCGGCGAGAUGGCCUACUCGUACGUCAAGGGCUUGCAGUCUGGAAACGUCGCAGCCAUGGUGAAGCACUUCGCUGCCUUUGCUACCCCUGAGCAGGGAGUCAACACCGCGCCCGUGCACGGAGGCGAGCGCGAGCUUCUCACAACCUACUUGCCAUCCUACAAGCGAGCUAUUAUCGAUGCUGGCGCUUACACCAUCAUGUCUGCGUACCACUGCUAUGAUGGCGUCCCUGCCGUUGCGGACUACCACGUGCUCACCGAGAUCCUGAGAGACAGCUGGGGCUUCAAAUACUUUGUCAUGUCUGAUGCUGGCGGCACUGACCGUCUUUGCAACUCCUUCGGCAUGUGUGAGGCUAGCCCCAUUGACUCUGAAGCAGUCACGUCCAUGGUCCUCCCAUCCGGCAACGAUGUUGAAAUGGGCGGUGGAUCAUACAAUUUCCAGAAGAUCCCUGAGAUGGUCGCAGCUGGCAAGCUGGAUGAGAAGCUCGUUGAUCAGGCUGUGUCCCGUGUUUUGAGGGUCAAGUUCGAGAUGGGCCUGUUUGAGAAGCCGUACCAAGGCGUCGCGGAGGAUGAGGCAUCGAAAUAUAUCAAUACUAAGGAAACGAUAGAACUUGCACGCCAGCUUGAUACCGAGUCUAUUGUUCUAUUGGAGAACCACGAGGACCUCCUGCCUCUGAAGAAGUCUGCAAAGAUUGCUGUAAUUGGCCCUAUGGCACACGGCUAUAUGAACUACGGUGAUUAUGUUCCAUACCGAUCACAAUACCGGGGUGUCACCCCUCUCGAUGGCAUACGGGCAGCCGUUGAUGACGAAAGCAGCGUGUCUUAUGCUCAGGGCUGUGAGCGCUGGUCCAACGACGAAUCGGGCUUCCCUGAAGCCAUUGCUGCCGCCGAGGGCGCUGAUGUCGCUGUUGUCGUUGUCGGUACCUGGUCCCGCGACCAGGGUGAGCUGUGGCAGAACCUCAAUGCAACCACCGGUGAGCAUAUCGACGUGGCAUCGCUGAAUCUCGUUGGCGCCAUGCCUCGACUUGUCUCCGCAAUCAUCAACACAGGCAAGCCUACCGUUGUCGUCUUCAGCAGCGGAAAGCCAGUCACCGAGCCCUGGAUCAGCACCAACGCCAGCGCUCUCGUUCAGCAGUUCUAUCCCUCUGAGCAGGGUGGCAAUGCGCUCGCUGAUGUGCUGUUCGGUGAUUACAACCCCAGUGGUAGGCUGAGCGUCAGCUUUCCGUAUGAUGUUGGGACAACACCAAUCUACUACGAUUACCUCAACUCUGCGCGAGCCUGGCCCAACCCCGGUCAUGCGUACCCCAAUGGCACAUUAGUAUUUGGCAGCAACUAUGUCUUGAACACUCCUCUACCACUCUACGACUUCGGAUAUGGCAAAUCCUACAGCACCUUCUCCUAUUCCGAGAUCACUCUAUCCAAGAGCACCGCAUCGUCCUCCGACACCGUGACAGUGUCCGUAGACGUAACUAACAACUCCACACGUGACGGCACUGAAGUCGUGCAACUGUACGUCAAGGACCUGGUCAGCAGCGUUGUCGUGCCCAAUAAGCAGCUCAAGGGCUUCGCCAAGAUACCCAUCGCUGCGGGCGCCACCGAGACGGUCAAGCUCGACCUCAAGGUGGCCGAUCUCGGCCUUUGGGACAUCAAGUACAACUAUGUCGUCGAGCCGGGCAACUUCACCAUCUUCAUUGGCAGCUCGAGUGCUGAUUUUAGGGCCAAUACGACGUUGACCGUGGUGUAG